AUGCCAGACGAUCUAGAUGUUCUCACGCCUGGGCAUUUUUUAAUUGGCACGUCCCUAAGCGCCUUACCUCAGGAAGAUCUGGAAGAUUUGUUUACAGCAUUUAUUCGAUUUGACGACUAUUCUACUAGACCUCAGCGUAAGAUAAACGAUAAAUUGGCACCAAUUAGAGAAGUUUUUGAUUUGUUUGUUCAGAAUUGUAUCAUGGCCUAUUCACCUGGGUCACAUAGGGGAUGUCCUUUUCGAGUUUACAUGAAAAGUAAGCCCGAUAAAUAUGGCCUUAAAAUUUGGGCAAUGGCGGAUAGUAAAAAUUCGUACAGUGCAAAUUUACAGGUUUAUCUUGGUAAAAUAAAUAACAAACCAGAAAAAAAUCAGGGUGAGAGAGUGGUUCUGGAUCUUGUCGAACCCCUGGGAACUGGAUAUGGAGUAACCACUGAUAAUUUUUUUACAAGUCUACCACUGGCAGAUAAGCUUGCUGAAAAAAAACUUACCUUGUGUGGAACUCUCAGAAAAAAUAAGUCAUACAUUCCAAACGAGUUGCAACCCAAAUUAUUUAGGCCUGAAUUUUCUAGUGCUUUGGUAUUUGCUACAAAUGACUCUUGA